AUGAGGGAGUGGAGACUCAUGAGUAAAAACAGUAAUGACUCGGUAGUGGAUCUAAGAAGAGCAUAUUUACAAAUUCAUGUGCAUAAAAGGCAUUGGCCUUACCAGACGGUCAUCUAUAAAAAUCAGCGAUAUGCACUUACACGUUUGGGCUUUGGUUUAAGUUUGGCACCAGUGAUGAUGAGCUCAAUAUUGUGGUAUGUUCUCCAACAAGAUUCUGCACUGGCAAAAACAACAAGAGGAUACAUUGAUGACACCCUCGCAACCAAUGGAAAUGGAAGAAAGCUGGUGAUACAUAUGAAGAAAUGGGGUCUUCAUGCAAAAGCACCUGAAUAUUUUGGCGAAAACCCAGUUCGUGCACUAGGAUUAGAAGUCACAGUAAAUCCAUUAACAAAGGAGAUGUUUUGGAAGAGAGGACGCGAGCUUCCUAUUAUUAAAUCUGUGUUCACAAAGAGAGAUAUAUUCUCAUUGUGUGGUAAUAUGAUUGCUGAUCUACCAUUUGCUGGAUGGUUGAGACCGGCAUGCAGCUAUAUAAAAAGAUGUACAAACGAAGCAGGUUGGGAUGAACCUAUUACGAAUAAGUAUGUUAUCGAAAUGAUGCAGGAAGUUGUAGAUAAAGCCGUAAAGUACGAUCCGGCAAAAGGUGUAUGGAAUGUUAAACCAAAUGCAUCUCUGACUGUAUGGUGCGACGCAAGUUCGCUGGCAAAAGGAGUUGUGAUAACGCAAGGUGACAGAAAGAUAGAAGAUGCGACAUGGCUCCGACCAAAGUCUGAUGCAAUGCAUAUCAAUGUGGCCGAAUUAGAUGCAUGUAUUGAAGGUCUAAAUAUGGCAUUGAAAUGGAAUCCAAAUGAUGUCUCCGUUAAAACUGAUUCUCAUAGUGUAUUUAGUUGGUUAAAUUCUAAAUUGACUCGUGACAAACCUGUGAAAUGUGCUGGGCAAUGCGAAAUAUUAAUUCGACGAAGACUUCAAAUAUUUGAAAAAUUGGUCGAGGAUUAUGUCAUAAAUGUAACUGUUACAUGGGUACCAACAACUAAAAAUAUUGCAGAUGAACUCACAAGAGUGCCAACAAAAUGGAUAAAAAACAAAGUUGCAACACAAGAAUGUAAUACCAUUUACAAGUACGAUAAACAGCAGAUUCGAAAAAUUCAUUCACUAGCACACAUGGGAGUUUCCAAGAGUAUGGAGUUAUGUAUGCGCGCUGGUAUCCGCGUUACCAGAGACACAGUGAAACAGGUUGUCGCUGAAUGCGAUGAAUGUAACUCGAUUGACCCUAAUGUGGUGUUGUGGGAUAAAGAAAAUCUUGCUGUUAGCAAAGUAUGGGAAAGAGUAGCCUGCGAUGUUACUCGUGUUGAUUCAUCGCUAUAUCUCACUUGUAUUGAUUGCGGCCCAAGCAGAUAUACGUUAUGGACACCAUUAAGCGACGAAAGUGCAACUAUGGUUGUUCAAGCGUUAGAAACAAUAUGGUCAAUACUUGGACCUCCUUCUGAAGUUCUUCUAGAUAACUCUAAGUCAUUUAGAUCUCAGCUUAUGCAAACUAUGGCUUUGUCGACAAAAGUCACAAGUUGUAUUAUAUGCUAUAUAAAGCGAACAAUUUUUUUUGUGCCUUCAAUACUAUUCAUUCAAUAUAUUCAGCUAUCUAUUUUUAUUCAAAAAUAUCUGCUUAUUCUGAAAAGAAAGUUCUUGGUUUGA